UUCAGGUCGCACGUGUGCAGUUUGGGUCCGCGUGCAUUAGUGCUCUGAUUUCUGUUUUCCUCUUUAUCACUCUUUUAUAAAGGGUAAGAAUGAAGGAGAGGAGAAACAUACAGCCACUGGUGAUUAGAUGUAAACUGGUUCUGGUUGGUGACGUGCAAUGCGGGAAAACAGCCAUGCUGCAGGUCCUGGCAAAGGAUUGCUAUCCAGAGACCUAUGUACCCACCGUGUUCGAGAACUACACAGCAUGCCUGGAGCUUGAGGAUCAGCGUGUGGAAUUGAGUUUGUGGGACACAUCAGGUUCUCCUUACUAUGAUAAUGUGAGGCCACUUUGUUACAGCGACUCUGAUGCUGUGCUCCUGUGCUUCGACAUCAGCCGUCCAGACACUGUCGACAGUGGACUCAAGAAGUGGAAGACGGAGAUCAUGGACUUCUGCCCCAACACCCGCGUUCUGCUCAUCGGCUGCAAAACGGACCUGCGCACGGAUGUGUGUACGCUAAUGGAGCUCUCCAGUCAGAAACAAACGCCCAUUACUCAAGAGCAGGGUUCAGCCAUGGCCAAGCAACUCGGGGCCGAGGCGUACCUGGAAUGCUCCGCCUUCACGUCAGAGAAGAGCAUCCAUAGCGUUUUCCGCACUGCGGCUCUGGCCUGCGUCAACAAGCUUCAGCCGAUGGCCAAGUCUAGCCCCAACCGCCGCCUGUCCAAACGCCUCCUCCACCUGCCCAGCCGCUCCGAGCUGCUCUCGUCCACCUUCAAGAAAAAGAAGGCCAAGAGCUGCUCAGUGAUGUGAGCAGUGGGGUUGGUAUCCUCGCUCCACCAGCUUCUCCCUCCCCUGUGCUUUGGUCCGGGGAAGGGGGGUGGGUUUUCCGAUGUCCUCAUCGCUGAAGGCUUCGUCUAGGAAUCCUUCCUCACCCCCCGACAAAAUCCAUUUCAGAACAAGUGGACACUCUGCUGUCCGCUUUGUCCUGAUCUCUCCACCAGUGCAUACCUGUCUUACACAGUACAGUAUCUUGAUUUUUCUCAAUCGAGGUUUGAUCAUCAGCCGUCAUCUCUUCAUCCUUUGCUGUGUUAAGAGAAUUUUUGUGGUCCGACUUCUUAGUAAAUAAGGAACCAGUGUUCAGCAUAUGAGGUUCAGUAACGCGAUAUAAAUGUGACAAUGAUGUAUCGUUGGCUCUCGAGCGGCGAGCAUCAAAUGUAUCUGAUUCUUAAAAAAAAAAAAAUCAAACAUAUAUAGAAUAUGUACAAAAGAGUCUCUGUGAGAGUAAGACUCCAAUUGAUGGAGCAUAAGGAAGCUGUGUAAGGCCCAGGUUAUUAUCGAUGUGUUGGAGAAGGAGGUUGUUGGCUAUGAAGGCUUAUGGCAUUAUAAUGCUGACUGAAUUGGCUGCUGUGCAGACUGGAUACUGUAAUUCUGUUGGAAUCUGCCCGUAAUGUUGGGCUUUCUUAAACAGCCAAACAUUAAGAUGGUAAUUGAUGAAGUAAGGACCGAGAGGGGGGGAAGCUAAAACAAAUUUCCAGCCAGCAAUUUUUUUUUCAAAAGGCAACCAAAGACAAGCUUGCUAUCCCCUCUGAUUAAACACCCACCUGAUCUAAGUGCUUCUGCAUUUAGAGACAAUAAAUAAUCGCCCAAGUGAAUGAGAGGAAGAGGAAGGUGCACGGUACAUGAGUCUCCGACGUAGUGAUGAUGGAGAGCCAUGUAUGCGUCCAAGCCUCAGAACUCUAAAUCAUCCAACGUAAAUCCGAAUUGGACUUAAACAAUAUAUUUCUCGAGGAUGAUUUUUUUUUUUUCAAAAAGCUGUUGUAGCACCAUGUUGAUAUUUGCUCAGUCAACAAGGAUUUAAAAUAAAUCUAAACAUAUGCAGAAAAGAUUUGUCGUUUGAUCACCUUUAAUUCAAUCUACAGUGCAUCAGACUGAAAUCGAACCAUCUUCACAUGCCAUUUAUAAUCAGUUUUGUGCACAACUCCUCAGAAUCUUGAUGUAGCACUCCAUCUCUGUCUGUAUACCAGUUUUUCUUGCCUUGUUCCCCGAUCUGAUCUACAGAAGUCUCGAGACGGGCUUUUGCAGGCAGUUCGGUACAUAUCUAAAUAUGGAUAAGCUCUUCUAACUAAAUUCUUAAGCUUGGACAAUUUGUGUGCAGUGCUGCGCUCGAAAUCUGCUUUUAACCACAAAGCAAUAACGAUGAUUGACGUGCUUGUGACGCAAAGUAUAUAGAGUGGCAAUAAGAAAAAAAAUUUUGCUUUGUGAUUAUAACGUCAUGCAACAGCUAUGUGGCCGUGCCUCCAUUACCGCUGUAAAAACAAGCCAGUCUUAUUGUAAUUCUGUUGUAGCAAGGGGGUUUUGUGUGGAGUAAACCUGUCACAAAGUAACGUUGGAUUUAAGAACAACCCGACCAUUCAAGUGCAACACAUUUAAUGAAACAUUUCUGGCCAGGAAAGCUUACGGGCUUGGGAUAGGUGACGGCUCGAUGGAGAUUGGCUUGACUGACAGGACGAUAAGAGGAGGAGCAUACAGGGUCCUUCAUGGGGCAGUUUUAACGUAUGGAACAAUUGGUAGCACUGUCUAAGAAACCCAUUUUCAUAAUUCAUUAUAACUGUACUUACUCUUUUAAUGAUUCCUUGUAAGCAUUUUUGUGAACUGUAUUACUGCCUCAUAAAGCUUAAUGUGCAAGUGUCACUAUUAUAAUAAAAAAUGUGCCAUACAAGUGUCAAUACUGUAAUAAACAAAUCUAUUCUAACAGUAUACUUUACAAGCUUUAUAACCUAAUAUAAUAUUCUGUCCGCAUUCACUGGAUAUGAGCAAUCGUGCACUCUGAUUGGCUACUCUAUUACUUGGAUAUAAGCUCAUGUUCUGUGAGUGGAGAAAAACAAAAUGGCGGCGCAUGUUGCUGAAUCAGCCGAGGACGAAAUAACUCUACUCAAAAACAAAACCCCAAAAAUUAUGAAGUAUUUAAAAGAAACAGAAAUAGCUAUAAGAAUAGUGUUUUGUCCCCCCCCCAAAAAAAAAAAAAUAUAUAUAUAUCUCCUGUUCCACACUCCAGCCCAGUCAGUGGCAGUAAUGCACCUUUUGCUGCUUGCCAAAAAACCCUAAAGAUGACAAAUCCCCCCUGCAAAAAAAAAAAGCAACAAAAUGUGGAAUAAAAGUAUUUGAUGGCAAGAAUGUACCUUUUUAUUUUUCAAGAAUUAUUAUAGCAUUUUUCACAAUUUGCGCCUGUCAUUUUGCCAGUUGGGUGGCACGGUGGUGUAGUGGUUAGCGCUAUCGCCUCACAGCAAGAAGGUCCAGGUUCGAGCCCUGUGGCCGACGAGGGCCUUUCUGUGCAGAGUUUGCAUGUUCUCCCCGUGUCCGCGUGGGUUUCCUCCAGGUGCUCCGGUUUCCCCCACAGUCCAAAGACA